AUGGAGCUUGCACCGUCCCAGACCGCCUCAUCGCUCCUGCUCUCUGCCCGACCUCCACAUCGCUUCAGCUCGACAUGCGCGGCGAUCGACCAGCUGUUGACGCCGGCUCAUCCGCCACAAGGACCGAUGCGGGCUGACAAGGCGGAAGAAGCGGGUCUCGGCGAAGGAGCUGUCCUCGAAUUGUUGGGUCCGCCUGGAGUGGGCAAGACGCGGACGGCGCUGGGUUUUAUGCUGGCUGAGCGGUUCCAGGAGGACGGCGGAGAGGUUCUCGUUGUCGACGCUGAAGGAUCUCUCAGUCCUGCGCUGCUCAAGGAGACGACCGAGAUCCACGCCGCGCAUCACGGAUAUGAGCCCGACAUCGUCCGCAAUAUCCUCUCUGGCAUCCGGUACCGCCGCAUCGACUCGGCCUGGAUGCUCUUCGCCUUCUUCAACUCGCUCGAGACGUGGCUCGCGGCGCAUCCGAAGGUCAAGCUCAUCGUGAUUGACUCGCUCUCGGCGCACUUCCGCCAGACCAUUGACUCGCCAACCCGGAUCUACAUUGCCGACACGAUCCGCAACGUCCUAUCGACCGUCUGCUCAGCCAACCGAGUCUCCGUCAUCAUCACGAACCAGAUGUCGCUUAAGCUGUUCGGGCCCGACAACCGUCCGACGAACUGGUCGCGCGACGCCGAGGCUCUCCUCGUGCCGACCAUCAGCGAUCAAUGCCUGCCGUUCGACGUCGACGUCUCGCGCGUGCUGCUGUACUACAGCGAAGAGGGCGAAAGACUGGCCCACCUCGUCUCUGCACCGAUGCUUACACAAGCGAGAAGCGCGGCAUUCACCAUGGACCUGCUCGGCCCUUGCGACUACCCUGAACCCUCAGACGAGAUGAUCGCCGAUCCGCCUUCGUGA